GAGACUGGCUGAUAUUAUACCGUUCUCCAUGCGAGAGAGAGAGAGAGAGAGAGAGAGAGAGAGAGAGAGAGACGUUUCACAUGUGACAGUUCUUCAUUCGUAGGUAGGUAAGACACUUGGCACGCUGAUGGACCUCCUCUGUUAGACCUGCUCGCACUUUAAGGGACUUUCUUCUUACAGACCAGGAGAGCAGGACGCAUUUCCAGUUACUCGGAGAACUUCAGCGUGCCUUUUGACAGCUGACAAGUUACAGGCACAUUCGCUUCUUACGAGCUUGUUUUAUUCCACAAACUUGAUAGAAGAUCGGACUAUCUGAAAGUCAUGAUGGAGAUGAAGGUGCUGGGAUGCGCGUUGCUUUUUCCUCUCCAGAUCUUAUUUUGCUUAUUGAGGGCGAUCGUGCGCUUCUUUACGCGCCAGAAGCGCAGAGAUCUGGGCACUGAUGUGGUCCUCAUCACUGGAGGUGGAAGAGGAAUCGGCCGUCACCUGGCUAAAGAGUUUGCCAAGCAAGGAGCAAGAAAGGUGAUUUUGUGGGGCCGCACAGAGAAAUGUUUAAAAGAGACAUGUGAGGAGAUCUCCAUGACUGGAACAGAGUGCCAUUACUUUGUGUGUGACGUGGGCAACAGAGAUGAAGUGUACCAGCAGGCCAAAGUGCUCAGGGAAAAGGUCGGGGAUGUCACCAUUCUUGUCAAUAAUGCAGCUGUUGUCCAUGGAAAAAGUCUUAUGGACAGUGACGAUGACGCACUCCUGAAAACCCAGCACAUAAACACACUUGGACAGUUCUGGACCACGAAAGCAUUUCUGCCUCGCAUGCUGGAGCUCUGCAACGGCCACGUGGUGUGCAUUAACUCCAUUCUCUCCCUCUCCUCCAUCCCUGGAGCCAUCGACUACUGCACGUCCAAGGCCUCGUCUUAUGCCUUCAUGGAAAGCCUGACGCUAGGCCUGCUGGACUGUCCAGGAGUGGGCUGCACCACGGUGCUUCCCUUCCAUACUGACACAGAGAUGUUCCAGGGCAUGAGAGUUAGGUUCCCUAAGCUGUUUCCUCCUCUGAAUCCUGAGAUGGUGGCCGAACGCACUGUAGAAGCUAUAAAGACCAACACUGCCUUUGUUGUCCUGCCAUGGACCAUGCACUUUCUGGUCAUCCUUAAGAGUCUUUUGCCCCAGUCUGCCCUGGAAGAGAUCCAUAAGUUUUCAGGAAGCUACACCUGUAUGAACACAUUCAAAGGACGGACUUAAACUUAGAAGCAGUGUGACUGUGAAAAAUCCUCAAAACCAGUUUUUUAAUGCAAAGCAAGCACUACGUCCAGGAACACCAAUGUGUUGCUUUGUGGACGCAAAAAAAAAAAAAAAGACUGUGAAAGGUUCAUUGGGAACAGCGAAUCAAGAUGGCUUGUUUUCCCAGGAACUGUUAUGUCUGCGAGUUUUAUGUGGAUACAUUUGGAUUUGUUGCCCUAUACUGGACUGCACACAGGCAUGUAGGUGAACGUGUUCUUUGGAUAUUUGUGAUAGUAAGGAGCACAGACUGUUACAGUUAAAGGGAUAGUUUACCCAAAAAUGAAAAUUACCCCAUGAUUUACUCACCCUC